CGCGGUUCACCACUUUGCGUACGAUCCAUUGGCACACUGCGGCACUGUAUCCAUCGUUGAUCGCGAAUUAUCAGUGAUUCACAAUCAACAGUUUACUUCUGUGCCUGGGAGUUGAUUGCAAUCCUCUGCUUUAUCAUCUCAUGUUUCAUCAUUAUUUUCUCAUCGCAGUACAACGAAAAGGCAAAUGAUGUAUGAUCAUCGUUCGGUAAAAAUAUCUGCCUUGCUUUAUGAGAUAACAGAUCGGACAAAUCGAUUGGCUCAACCUCGAUCCCGUGUAGCAGAGAUUAAAGCAUCUCAAAAGCCUUUGAAAAGCAGAAUUCCAAAGUCGACACUUCGCAUUUGCGAGCUUGCAUGUCCAAAAGUGAUUCGCGAUUCACCACCGAAGCCUGUUAAUUUUGUGUCACCAAACGCGCUUAAAGCGAUCGCUACGCAACGGAUAAUCGAGUUAUCACGACCGCGGAAAGAUCGAAGUUUCCAGUUACCGAGGCAUAAAACAGAGAUAUUUCGAUCGUGCAAUUUGAGUAUUCGCGGUUUACCCAAGAUGAAGCAAGUAGAUCGUUUGCGCAACGGAGCGAAACCAUUCGAAUCGUCGAUGAGAAAUAAAUCAGAAUUGCUACAAGAAUCUUUAUGUUCGACUUUAGACAAUGGCCGUCACGCAAAAAGCAGACGAAAAAACUUGAAACAAAUAAACAAAUUGGAAGUAUCGAAGAUAAAACAAAAGUCGUCAUCGCGUUAUUUUAACGAUACGAAUUCAAAUAGGAGUGUUGUAAUCGUCGACUUGUAUCGAAAAAGUGAUCCCGGAUAAAACGCUAUUCGUAAAUAAACGUUGUUGCAAAGUAUUAAAUGAUAACGAUAAUGAUAAUUAGUCGAUGAUUAAGUAAACUUGACAUUUUCGCAACAUAAAUCAUUCAAUAAAUAAAAAAAUAAACAACAUUAACUCACAAAAACUUUUUCAAUAUUAAGUAUCAUAUUUUUUACGAACACAGGUGAUUUUAUAUUAACAGCUACUUGAAUACUGUUCUAUCAAUGCAUUUUUUAAAUAAACUCAUUGUUGUAAAUAAAAUUAUUAUUGAGCUCAAAUUGCUAAAGUCAAUAAAUGUUUGUAAACGCAUAGCAUUUAUUGUUUAGACAGUUUUUAUAAUUUUAUCUUUUUUUAAUUGAAUUAUUCAUACAUUCUUGAUUUAAUAACCCGCAAUUAUUGAAAUCUUUAACAUGUAUUAUGCAACAAUGUUACACACAAAAAAAUCGAUACGUAUAAUUUUCUUUAUAAAAGAUCCAUGAAUAAA